AUGGCCGGCGACUCGUCCCCCUCCCCGGCUCCCGCAUCCGUUCAGGUGCUCUGCGCCGGUUGCCGCGGUGUCCUCGCUGUCGGCCCCGGCGUGACCGAGUUCAUCUGUCCCAAGUGCCGCAUGGAGCAGCGCCUCCCGCCACAGCUCAUGCCUAAGUCCACCUCGACCUCGUCGCCUGCGCCCAAAUCCCCCGCGAAGCCUUCUCCCCCUCCUCCUACGCAGCCCCGGAGGGGUGCGCCGCCGGCUCAGGGGGUGGACCCCACGAAGAUCCAGCUCCCUUGCGCGGGCUGCCAAGCCGUCCUCAACGUGCCCCACGGCCUCGCCCGCUUCCGCUGUCCGCAGUGUGGCGUCGACCUUGCCGUGGACCACACCAAGCUACAGAAAUUCCUCGCCUCCUCCAACAGCGCCGCGCCAUCGGGCCCCGCCCCGACCUCGGUGACUAAGACGCAGCCGCCUCUGGCGACAUCCCUCCCCGUGUUGCCGCCUGGCGUGGCGCAGCCGCUGCAGCUAGUGGCUGGCGCAACAAUUCCCAUGGUGCUGCCUGCCGCCGAACCGCCCGAGGAGAUCAAUGAGGUUGCCAUUGAUGUUGAGCGUGAUGAAGAUGAAGGUGGCACUGUUGGAGAAACUUUCACUGACUAUAGGCCUCCCAAGCUAUCAUUUGGUCUAUCUCAUCCAGAUCCAGUUGUAGAAACUUCUUCUUUGUCAGCUGUACAACCUCCUGAACCAACUUACUGCUUGAAUAUCAUGGAUGAAUUGGAUGAGACAAGGGCAUUGUCUUGUUUGCAAAUCGAAACAAUAGUUUAUGCUUGUCAGAGGCACCUUCAUCAUCUCCCUACUGGCCAUAGAGCAGGUUUUUUCAUUGGUGACGGGGCUGGCGUUGGUAAGGGCCGAACAAUUGCUGGAUUAAUCUGGGAAAAUUGGCAGCAGGGAAGGCAUAAGGCAGUGUGGGUAUCUGUCGGUUCUGACUUAAAGUAUGAUGCUCGAAGAGAUUUGGAUGAUGUUGGUGCAAAGUGUGUCCAAGUGCACCCUUUAAAUAAGUUACCGUAUUCUAAGCUAGAUUCGAAGGCCAUUGGAAUUAAGAAUGGGGUAAUCUUUGUAACUUAUAGUAGCCUAAUAGCAUCGUCUGAGAGAGGCCGCUCCCGCUUGCAGCAAUUGGUUCAAUGGUGUGGGCAAGAGUUUGAUGGUCUCCUUGUGUUUGAUGAGUGCCACAAGGCCAAAAAUCUGAUUCCUGAUGCCGGAAGCCAGCCCACUCGCACUGGUAAAGCAGUUCUUGAGAUCCAGGAAAAGUUACCUGAGGCUCGGGUUGUUUACUGCUCAGCAACUGGUGCAUCAGAACCACGAAAUUUGGGCUAUAUGGUUCGGCUUGGACUUUGGGGUGAAGGAACAUCAUUUCAUAAUUUUUCACAAUUUUUAGGUGCUCUUGAGAAAGGUGGUGUGGGAGCACUUGAACUUGUUGCCAUGGACAUGAAAGCUAGGGGUAUGUAUGUAUGCCGUACAUUAAGUUACAAAGGGGCUGAUUUUGAUAUAGUGGAGGCUCCACUUGAGGAAAGAAUGAUGAACAUGUACAAAAAGGCUGCUGAAUUUUGGGCUGAAUUGCGCCUUGAACUCCUAUCAGCAAGUGAAUUAUUUGCUGACGGCAAUUCAAAUCAAAUAUGGCGGUUGUAUUGGGCCAGCCAUCAGCGUUUCUUCAGGCACAUGUGCAUGUCUGCAAAGGUACCUGCUGCUGUGAGGUUAGCUAAAGAGGCCUUGGCAGAGAACAAAUGUGUGGUGAUUGGUCUUCAGAGCACUGGAGAAGCUAGAACUGAAGAAGCUGUCACAAAAUAUGGAGUUGAAAUGGAAGACUUCGUUUCUGGCCCUCGGGAGCUCCUUCUUAAGUUGGUAGAAGAAAACUACCCUUUACCUCCAAAACCCGAUUCUUUUCAGCAAGGUGAAGAAAAAGUCACAGAGAUCCAGCGUAAGCGCCAUUCUGAACUGGAUGUAUCGUUUAAAGGGCGAGUUAGGAAAGUGGCGAAAGUGGUAGAUGUGAGUGAUGAUGACACCAAUGAUUAUUCUCCAUCUGAGUCAGAUCAUGAAUCAACAGAAUCUGAUGAGGAGUUCCACAUGUGUCAAAUCUGCAACACAGAGGAGGAGAAGAGCCUGUUGCUUCAUUGUUCUGGUUGUUCUCGGCAUGUUCACCCUAAUUGUCUAACACCACCUUGGACUGGGAUGAUUACGGAUGAUUGGGCAUGCUACACAUGCAAGAUAGUAGAAGACGAGGAAGAAGAGCAAGAUGUCCAUGUAGCUGAUUGUUCAAAGAGGUACGAUUCUGCAGUAGAGAAAAGGUUGAAGAUUUUGGAUCUAAUACGCUCCUUGGAUCUCCCCAAUAAUCCCUUGGAUGAUAUCAUUGAUCAGCUAGGGGGGCCUGACAAUGUUGCUGAAAUAACUGGACGUCGUGGAAUGCUCAUAAGAGCUUCAGAUGGGAAAGGCGUGGUUUAUCAGGCGCGGAACGCGAAAGAAGUAUCGAUGGAGAUGAUUAAUAUGCACGAAAAGCAGCAGUUUAUGGAUGGCAAAAAACUAAUUGCAAUUAUAUCUGAAGCAGGGUCAGCUGGUGUUUCUCUCCAUGCUGAUAGAAGGGCAAAAAACCAGAGAAGAAGAGUACACAUAACACUUGAACUCCCUUGGAGUGCAGAUCGUGCAAUACAGCAGUUUGGGAGGACCCAUCGUUCUAAUCAAACUUCUGCCCCUCAAUAUAGGCUUCUUUUUACAAAUCUCGGUGGUGAAAAGCGGUUUGCGUCAAUUGUGGCAAAAAGGCUAGAGUCCCUUGGUGCUUUAACACAAGGAGAUCGCAGGGCUGGGCCUUCUUUGAGUGCUUUUAACUAUGAUAGCAAUUAUGGGAAAAAGGCGUUAACCAUGACAUAUAGGAGAAUAAUGGAACAGGAUUCUUUUCCAGUUGUUCCUCCGGGGUGUUCUGAUGAUGAAACUAGCAUCCAAGAUUUCAUCAAUGAAGCAAAAGCUGCUCUAGUAUCAGUUGGAAUUAUUAGGGACGCUUUCAUAUGCAAUGGAAAAGAUCCUGGGAAGCUUUCUGGUCGGAUUGUAGAUUCAGAUAUGCAUGAUGUUGCUCGUUUUCUCAACCGCCUUUUGGGGUUGCCUCCGAACAUCCAGAAUAGGUUGUUUGAUCUCUUUACAAGUAUAUUUGAUGUUGUCCUUCACAAUGCAAGGAUAGAAGGGCAGCUAGAUUCUGGAAUUGUUGAUAUCAGAGCUAAGAAUGUUGAAAUGAAAGAAUCACCUAAGACUGUUCACACUGAUAGCUUGUCUGGUGCUUCGACGGUACUAUUUACUUUCACCAUCGACCGGGGAAUUACUUGGGAGUUGGCAAAAGCGAAGCUUGAGGAAAGGGAGAAAGAUGGUGCUGGUACCUCCAAUGAUGGGUUUUAUGAGUCCAGAAGGGAAUGGAUGGGGAGAAGGCACUUCAUUCUAGCUUUCGAAGGCUCAACUGAAGGAAUCUACAGAAUAAUCAGACCUGCUAUUGGUGAAGCAUUGAGGGAGAUGCCUUCAACUGAACUAAAAAGCAAGUACAGGAAGGUGUCAUCAAUAGACAAAGUUAGUAAAGGAUGGCAGGAAGAGUACGAUGCUUCAUCGAAGCAGUGUAUGCAUGGAUCUAAAUGUAAAAUUGGGAGCUACUGUACUGUAGGAAGAAGGUUGCAAGAGGUUAAUAUAUUGGGUGGCCUCAUACUUCCAGUUUGGGGUACAAUAGAAAAGGCCCUGGUCAAGCAGGUACGCCUGAUUCACAGGAGAAUACGUGUUGUCCGUUUAGUCACAACAAAUGACAGUCAGCGAAUCGUUGGACUGCUGAUUCCAAAUUCAGCAGUGGAGUCAGUACUAACAGGCUUGCAAUGGGUCCAGGAUCUUGAUGACUGA